UGCAGCCCGAAUUUAAAACGUCAAAGUACAUUAUUUUGUAAACACCGUCCCAUAUUCAGUUUUCGCUGCGAAAUUUUCUCUUUUCCUUUAAUUUUUCUGUAAAAAGUGUAUUUUUCCAAUAGUUAGCGAAGUGCUACCGGUAAAGCAGCGCGCCCAUCAAAAUGCAACGCGAGGAGAAGCAAAUGGACAUGCUCCUGGAAGCCGUCCUCAACCGGCUCAACGACCUGAAGCACUCGAUCGGAGCAAUGAUUCACCGGCUCGAAACGGAAUACGAAACCAUUAACUGGCCAACAUUUUUGGACAACUUUGCGCUGAUUUCCGGACACCUGACGGGUUUAUCGAAGAUUCUUUCGUCGGAGAUCGGAACUCCCCUCCGGAACUUGACCGUUCUUCCGCUGCUACUGACCCCGGAGCGAGAUGAAGCCCUUCUCCAGCUGACCGAGGGUCGCAUCCCAAUUUUCUCGCACGAUUUGGUACCAGAUUACUUGCGUACGAAGCCGGACCCCGGAGCGGAAUCUCGGAUGGCAGCCCACGAAGCCAAGGCCAAUAAUCUGCAGCCGGAUACGGCCGCCAAACAGGUGGCCCAGUAUAACAAGGUAAUUUCCCAUGUGUGGGACAUCGUAAGCAAAGCGCGGGAGGAAUGGGACACGGAAGCGUCGUCGCGGCCGGGAAUUCAACAGACCAGUUCCCUAGCGGACACACAGGCUUUGGUGGCCGCCGUCGGAGUGGGCAACGGACUGACCAUGCCGGUUGGACCGGGAGGGGUGCCCAACGCUGGUAUAAUGAUUCCACCGGCCAUCCGCCAAGCGUCGCCGAUGAGUGCCGUUUCACCCGGAGCGGGACCACUUGGGAAGAUGCCCUCCGGGAUCAAAACCAACAUCAAAUCGGCCAAUCAAGUGCAUCCGUAUCGGUAAAUAAAACAAAUUUAAGUGUGUAAUGUAA